AUGUCAACAGUCAAUUGUCAUUACAUGAUUUAAGAUUAUUUGAUUACAAAGAUAACCUAAAAUAAAGUGAAUAUUAGGGUGUGUUGGGGUGUUUGUGUUUCCUGUUGUAUUACUUGCGUAGAGCAAAGAAUAGAAUCCUAUUAGAAUUACCCAAGAGAGAGGCGUAGAAUCAUUUGGUCUUCCAAUCAGUCUGAUGAUGCUGUAAUGGUAGUUACAAAUUAAAAAAACUUUAAAAUUCAAUUAUAAAAAAAGAUACCUACUUCAAGAAAAUGAAUUCCGAAUAUGCGAAGAAAAUUGAUAACUUGAAAUCAAAAUUGAAAAGUUACCCUGACUUUCCAAAAGAAGGCAUUUUAUUUUGGGAUAUCUUCUCCGCUCUAUCUGAUGGAUACACAUGCAAGUUGCUACAGAGUCUACUGGUGGAAACAAUUCGCUGCAAAUACCCUGAUGUCGAAGCUGUAGUGGGCUUGGAAGCGAGAGGUUUUUUAUUCUCAUUCUCUGUGGCGGCAGAACUGGGGAUAGCAUGUCUGCCAAUACGAAAAAAAGGAAAGUUACCUGGAGAGGUGCUUUCACACAAAUAUGAUCUGGAAUAUGGUUCUGAUGUCCUAGAAAUACAGAAGGACUCUGUGCGUCCAGGUCUCAAGUGCCUCAUCAUUGAUGACCUCAUAGCCACUGGAGGCUCAAUAGGUGCGGCUGCUCAGCUACUUUACAGUUGCGGAGCCCAUGUGCUAGGGAGUCUCGUUAUUAUAGAGUUGAACUCUUUGAAUGGGCGGGAGAACAUUCCAGAUGUACCUGUACAUUCCUUGAUUACUUAUGAUUAAAAUUCUGGGCUGUUAAGGUUGGACCAGUGAGAUGUUAUUACCUCUACAGUGGAGACUUCAUAUAUUACUUGUUGACUGUUAAAGAUUAUGGAGUAUGAAAAUAUGUAUAUGUACUUUUUAAAUUAUUAUGUUAUCUGAUAAAGGAUUGUAAUAGAAUGAAAGCAUAAAAAGUGUACCGAUCACAAAAAUAAUUGGAGAAUAUUUUGAAAAAAGUAUAAAUAUUAUAUGUAAAAUUAGCCAACGCCUCGCGGUUUCAGCCGCGUAUCUCACGUUCUCGUUAUGAUAAAGGGUUAAAAUAUAGGCUGUGACAGUUACAAAAUAAGGUAAAUUCUAGUGGUAAACGAAUUUUCGAAAUCGGUUUAUUAGAUCCCCUAGUGCUACAAACUUUACCUCUAAAAUAUUAGUAGAUUAUCUGUGAGAACCCCUAAAUUAUUCUUUUUGUAAUUCAAGCUCAAAAGGUAAUAACAGCUCACUGACGUUAAGUAGAUAGGUACAGUUUUGAUACAAUUUUAUUAUAUUCUGUAAGUAAAUAUUAUAUUUAUUU